AUGGAUCCGUCAGUUCCGCUCGUCGUUGACAACGGUACCGGCUUCGUCAAGGUCGGGUAUGCCGGCUCCAACUUCCCAGAACAUGUCUUCCCCUCCAUCGUCGGCCGGCCCAUCCUUCGCGCAGAGGAGCGCGUCGCGGGCUCAGCAGUGAUCAAGGAUGUCAUGAUCGGUGACGAGGCCGCCCAGAACCGCAACUAUCUCCAAGUCACGCAGCCGAUGGAGCACGGUAUCGUGCGCAACUGGGAGGACAUGAAGCUCCUUUGGAACUACACCUUCGACGAGAAGCUCGGCGUCGACACCCGCGGCCGCAAAGUCCUCCUCACCGAGCCCCCGAUGAACCCGAAAGUGAACCGGCAGCGCAUGGCCCAGGUCAUGUUCGAGGAGUACGGCUUCCAGGGGGUCUAUGUUGCCAUCCAGGCCGUGCUCACGUUGUAUGCGCAAGGUCUCACGACGGGUGUCGUCGUUGACUCUGGUGACGGUGUGACACACAUUGUCCCCGUGUUCGACGGCUUCUCGUUACCCCAUCUCACCCGACGUCUCGACAUCGCCGGCCGCGACGUCACUCGCUAUCUGAUCAAGCUUCUCCUCAUGCGUGGGUACGCCUUCAACCGGACGGCGGACUUUGAGACUGUGCGGGAGAUCAAGGAGAAGCUUUGCUAUGUAUCAUACGACCUCGACCAGGACACACGGCUAUCGGAGGAGACGACCGUCCUUGUGGAGACCUACACACUACCCGAUGGGCGUGUCAUCAAAAUCGGUUCGGAACGCUUUGAGGCUCCAGAGUGUAUGUUCCAGCCUCACUUAGUAGACGUUGAGCAGCCGGGUGUUGCAGAAAUGCUCUUCCAAACCAUUCAGGCAGCUGCCGUAGAUGUGCGCUCGGAGCUGUACAAGCACAUCGUUCUCUCCGGCGGGUCAAGUAUGUACCCCGGCCUGCCAAGUCGACUGGAGAAGGAGAUGAAGCAGCUCUACCUGACACGAGUGCUGAACGGCGACCCCUCACGCUUGAACAAAUUCAAGAUCCGCAUCGAAGACCCCCCGCGCCGGAAGCACAUGGUCUUCCUCGGCGGCGCCGUCCUCGCGGACAUCAUGAAGAACCGGGAAGAGUUCUGGGUCUCGCGUGAGGAGUGGUUCGAGCAGGGCGCCCGCUCGCUGGACAAGCUCGGCCGCGGCGAGAACUGA